GUUAGUUUUAGUUUUCUCUUUAAGAAGUAGUAGUAGCUUAUAAUGAGAAAAGAUUCUAGACGUGAAAAAUGCAAUCCUAUUAAGGGCAACCGACCUCAAUUUCCACGUCGAAAAGUCCUCCCUAGCCACGCGAAUCAGAACCAUCAUCAAGCAUACCCCCUCCUCAGCGGAAACGUUGAUCAACGACGUCCUCACGCAACAAAGGGGGAAAUCCCACUGGACAUUUCCUUCGGCAACUUCGAUUUUCAAGACCUGAAGAGCGUCGGUCAGCGUGGCGGGGGGAUGCGCGAACUGGCCUCCCUUCUCCGUCAGGCCAGACGGAAGGUGGCCGGGCAUAAAACGCUUCUUCACUCGCGUGCGGGAAUCCAAAUGCGAAACCGGGACCUCCUCCAGGACGCCGCGCAGCGUGUGGUCGGCAUUAAAGUGAAAAAUGAUCCCCAGCGAUUGGCCAAGUCGAUCGCAAAACGCAAGAAUAAAAAGCGGCAAUCCGCCAAGCGCUGGGCGAAACGCGUGAAGCAAAUCGAAGAUUCGGUGGAGAAUGUCGUGAAGGAUCGAACAAACGCGAAGAACGUUUAUCGGAUGCGCAAAGAAGCCUCAAAAAAGGAAAAAAUCAAACGCCGAGAGGCCAUCAAAGCGGUAAAAUCAAACAGCGGCGGGACAAAAAAGGGUAAGAAGCCGACUAAGGGUAAUGAUUCCCGCAAAUCCCCAUCAGGACGUGGUCGGAAGAAAUAAACCACCCACCAAACUGUAUUUCAGGCGAUGAAUAGUACACCUUUGCCUUUUUUAUGCCGGAUGCGAUCAUUAUUUUCUGCUCAUUCCCCUUUUGGCAAGGAAUGGGUCGUUUAACACUGAAAGUUGGCAUUAAUGAACUAACACGUGUAAAGUUGAGUGGUAUAAACCCCAAAA